AUGGCAGAGGAACAACAGCAGCCGCCGCCACAGCAGCCCGAUGCCCACCAGCAGCGUCCCGCCAGCGCCCCCAACUCGGGGGUGGCCCUGCCAGCCCUUGUGCCCGGGCUGCCAGGGACGGAGGCCAGCGCGCUGCAACACAAGAUCAAGAACUCCAUCUGCAAAACUGUACAAUCUAAAGUGGACUGCAUUUUGCAAGAAGUUGAGAAGUUUACAGACCUAGAGAAACUCUACCUCUACCUUCAGCUGCCUUCUGGUGUCAGCAAUGGAGAGAAAAGUGAUCAGAAUGCCGUGUCAUCUAGUCGGGCACAGCAAAUGCAUGCCUUUUCCUGGAUUCGGAAUACCUUGGAGGAACAUCCUGAGACUUCCCUCCCCAAGCAGGAAGUCUAUGAUGAGUACAAGAGCUAUUGUGACAAUCUUGGUUACCAUCCCUUAAGUGCUGCUGACUUUGGAAAGAUCAUGAAAAACGUCUUUCCAAACAUGAAGGCACGGCGCCUGGGCACGAGAGGCAAGUCUAAAUAUUGCUACAGUGGAUUAAGAAAAAAAGCACUUGUUCAUAUGCCAACACUGCCCAACCUUGACUUUCACAAAACUGGAGACGGGUUGGAAGGAGCUGAACCUUCUGGGCAGCUUCAAAAUAUUGAUGAGGAAGUUAUCUCGUCUGCCUGCCGUCUUGUGUGUGAGUGGGCCCAGAAAGUGUUGAGCCAGCCGUUUGACACAGUCUUGGAAUUAGCCCGCUUCCUUGUAAGAAGUCACUAUAUAGGCACCAAGUCGCUGGCAGCGCUGACCGUGAUGGCCGCAGCACCAGCAGGAAUUAAAGGAAUUCCCCAGCCUUCUGCGUUUAUACCCACUGCUGAAAGUAAUUCCUUUCAGCCUCAAGUGAAGACUUUGCCAUCUCCUAUGGAUGCUAAACAGCAGUUGCAACGGAAAAUCCAAAAGAAGCAGCAAGAACAGAAACUACAAUCUCCUUUGCCAGGAGAAUUCUCAGCAAGAAAAUCAGAAGGCGCUGCAAGCAAUGGAGCCACUAACGUUUCCAGCGGAAACCCUGCGAUCCUUUCUCCUCAGCCCAUUGGUAUCGUGGUGGCAGCUGUCCCGAGUCCCAUUCCGGUCCAGCGGACCAGGCAGUUGGUAACUUCCCCAGGUCCAGUGAGUUCUUCUGAUGGCAAAGUCCUUCCCCUCAAUGUACAGGUGGUCACUCAGCACAUGCAGUCUGUGAAACAGGCGCCAAAGACCCCUCAGAACGUUCCAGCCAGUCCUGGUGGGGAUCGUUCUGCCCGACACCGUUACCCUCAGAUCUUACCCAAACCAGCCAACAGCAGCGCGCUCACCAUCCGCUCUCCCACGACUGUCCUCUUUACCAGCAGUCCCAUCAAAACCGCUGUUGUACCUGCUUCGCAUGUGAGUUCUCUGAAUGUGGUGAAAAUGACAGCAAUAUCCCUCACACCCAGCAACAGUAGUGCUCCUCUUAAACAUUCUUCCUCAGUCAGCAGUGCUCCAGGAACAGCAGAAGAAUCAAGGAGCAUCCCACAGAUCAAGAAUGGCUCUGUUGUUUCACUCCAGUCUCCUGGGUCCAGGACCAGCAGUGCGGGGGGAGCGUCUGCUGUGGAGGUCAAGAUGGAACCCGGGACGUUAUCCGAUGAGCGUCCUGCGCAGGGCCCGGAGAACUCUGAUGGGGCUAGGGCUCCCAGAACAGCACCUAGUGCCCUUUUGGGGCAGAAAAGUAGUACAGAUGGAGCAAUGCAAAAGCCUUCCAGUGAAGGGAUCGUUGAAAUAAAAGCAACCAAGGUCUGUGACCAGAGGACCAAAUGUAAAAGUCGCUGUAAUGAAAUCCUGCCGGGCACUUCAGCUGGCAAUAAUCAAAGCACUGUCACUCUCUCAGUUGCCACUCAGAACUUAACUUCCACCAGCACCAGCUCACCAUCUAAUGGUGACUCAGUAAAUAAAGACCCUAAAUUCUGCACUAAAAGUCCAAGAAAGCGACUGUCUUCUGCAUUACAAGAGUCCCAGGUACCUCCUGUGAAGAAGCCAAUUGUGGAACAGUUUUCUGCAGUUGUUACAGAAGGUCAGAAACCAGGCAGUGUUAAGAAGGACCAAAAGGUCCCACAUUCAGGGAAAACAGAAAGUUCAACAGCAGGUGCUCAGAUCUCUAGCAAGGUAGCGCUAAGUGUCAGUUCACACAUAGUGGCAAGUCGACCCUUGAACUGCUCUGCUCUUACUCCUGGUGAUUCAGCUUUGGAACAGCAAACCACACCGUCAUCAUCCCCAGAUAUAAAAGUAAAACUUGAAGGAAGUGUCUUUCUCUUGGACAGUGAUUCAAAAUCAGAUGGCAGCUUUAAUCCAAAUGAAUGGCAGCAGGUCACUAAGGAUUCUGAGUUUGUGUCUGCCAACUGUGAACAGCAGCAGGAUAUCAGUGUUGUGACGAUUCCGGAACACUCUGAUAUCAACGACUUAGAGAAGUCAGUUUGGGAAUUAGAAGGAAUGCCACAGGACACAUACAGCCAGCAGCUACAUAGCCAGAUGCAGGAAUCUUCAUUGAAUCAAAUACAAGCACAGUCUUCAGAUCAGUUACCUCUGCAGUCAGAACUAAAGGAGUUUGAGUCUUCUGUCUCUCAGACAAAUGAGAGCUACUUUCCUUUUGACGACGAGCUUACACAAGACAGUAUUGUGGAAGAACUGGUACUUAUGGAGCAGCAGAUGUCCGUGAACAAUUCUCAUUCCUACGGCAACUGUCUGGGGAUGGCCCUUCAGACUCAGUCGGUGACUCCAGGAGCCCCAGUGUCGUCUCAUGCCUCCAGCACCCACUUCUAUCACCCGAUCCAUAGCAAUGGCACUCCAAUCCACACACCCACACCCACUCCUACCCCCACCCCCACCCCCACCCCGACGUCUGAAGUGGUUGCUGGGUCUCAGGGUCUAUCACGGGAGAGCCCGUGUUCCAGGCUAGCCCAGACUACACCUGUGGAUAGUGCUUUAGGAAGUAGCCGGCACACACCCAUUGGCACUCCACAUUCUAACUGCAGUAGUAGCGUCCCUCCCAGCCCUGUUGAAUGCAGGAAUCCGUUUGCUUUCACCCCAAUAAGCUCUAGUAUGGCAUAUCACGAUGCCAGCAUUGUCUCCAGUAGUCCUGUGAAGCCGAUGCAAAGACCCAUGGCCACCCACCCUGACAAAACCAAGCUUGAAUGGAUGAAUAAUGGGUACGGUGGGGUUGGUAAUUCAUCUGUUUCCAGCCAUGGCAUUCUCCCAAGCUAUCAGGAACUGGUGGAAGACCGUUUCAGGAAACCUCACGCCUUCGCUGUGCCCGGACAGUCCUAUCAGUCACAAUCCAGACAUCAUGACACUCACUUGGGUCGUUUGACCCCUGUCUCUCCUGUGCAGCAUCAAGGUGCCACUGUAAAUAACACCAACAAGCAGGAGGGUUUUGCGGUUCCUGCCCCUCUCGAUAAUAAAGGAGCCGGUCCGUCUGCCAGCAGCAGCUUCAGGUGCCGGAGCGUGAGCCCUGCCGUUCAUCGCCAGCGGAAUCUCAGUGGAAGCACUCUCUACCCGGUGUCUAACAUCCCGCGAUCUAACAUGGGCCCCUUUGGAAACACAGUAACCCCAGAAGUUCACGUUUUCACAAACGUUCACGCAGAUGCCUGUGCCAACAACAUAGCUCAGAGGAGUCAGUCAGUUCCAUUGACUGUCAUGAUGCAGACAGCCUUCCCGAACGCACUUCAGAAGCAAACAAACAGUAAAAAGAUAACCAAUGUCUUGUUGAGUAAACUUGAUUCUGACAAUGAUGACGCAGUGAGAGGCCUGGGAAUGAACAACCUGCCCUCCAAUUACACAGCCCGGAUGAAUCUCACUCAGAUCUUGGAAACUUCCACUGUUUUUCCUAGUGCCAACCCGCAGAAUAUGAUCGAUUCCAGCACUUCUGUUUAUGAAUUCCAAACACCAUCUUACCUCACCAAAAGUAAUAGCACCGAUCAGAUCACCUUUUCUCCUGGAGAUAAUCGAGCACAAUCAGACCUUGUAGAGCAGCGAUUAGAUUUCAGUAGCACUGUUAAAGACCUCUUGAGUGGAGACAGCUUGCAAACCAGCCAGCAGCUCGUAGGUCAGGUAGCAUCUGAUCUGGCUAAUUCUGCGUCUGAUUUCUCCAGCGAUAUCAGGUUGUCUUCUGAGCUCUCAGGCAGCAUCAACGAUUUGAAUACUUUAGAUCCAAAUCUACUGUUUGAUCCAGGUCGUCAGCAGGGACAAGACGAUGAAGCUACACUGGAAGAAUUAAAGAAUGACCCAUUAUUUCAGCAGAUUUGCAGUGAAUCCAUGAACUCCAUGACUUCAUCGGGUUUUGAAUGGAUAGAAAGCAAGGACCAUCCCACUGUUGAAAUGUUGGGUUAGGUUGUGUUUUAUAAUAUGUAGCACACUGUAUCUAAAGACAUUUGUAUCGUAUUUGUCUUAAUGGAAGUGCCUCCCCAGCAGGAACACUUACUAUUAAUUGUGACAUUUUAAAAGCGUUUGCUGCAGGAGUGGUUUCUUCUCCAGUAGGAAAUGGUUAGACUUGCCUCAGUUCUUAACAAGUUUCUGAAGACAGUAGGCUGUAGAAGAACCAGUGUUAGGUUUUAAAUUUUAUAAUGUUCCCCGUUUAAUCACAUUGUUAGCUAGCAAACAGUUGACUAACCAGCUUUCACAAGAGCAGUCUAGAGCUUUAUUUUGUGUGAGUUUAUUUUAAUUCAUCGGUUGAUCUGCACAGAAUUCAGAAGGAACCAUUGAUUUUAGGUAUAGGCUAUUUUUUUGUUGUUGGUAAUGUCUUUUAGAUAUGAAAUCAUAGCUGAGGAGAACUGUAGACAAGAAGGUCUUCCUUGAAACAGGGAUAUAUUCAGGUUACUGUAAGCAUUUAGGCUUGACGCAUAAAGCUGCUGUAGAACGAAAAAUCUCUGUAGGACUUUCUGGGCUUCAGUACCAUUUACACCUACAAUGAAGGGCUUAAAUAGGACACAAUAAUGGAAAAUUAAGUAUUAACUUAAGGAAAGCGAAAGGUGCAUGGAAAAUUUUGAGAGGAAAAACUAGUAGCCAUUUAUCUGUGUGACCUUGCAUUUGCCUUAUUUUAAAACGAUUUUAGCGAACAGACACACACAGGAAACAAGAUGAUAACUUGCAAGCACUGUAAUUUAAUAGACAAUACAAGCGUGUUAGGAAAAGGUUUCAUGUCUUAUUAUUUGGUAGUUGGGAGAAUCUAGAAGAAAAAUAAAAGUAUUUUCUUAGUUCUUGUCACAUUAGCCGCACGCACAUAUGACAAUUCUACUAAAGAUUUUCUUUUAAAAUUUUUAAUUACAAUAUUCUUGAAUAAUCUUUUUUUUGUUUUGUUUUUAUCCUUCUCAAUUUAGUGACUGACUUCUUUGCUCCUCCUGAAUAUACGUAACAGAACUUGAUCAUGGGAUCCCUUUGAAAAUCAAAUAAGCAGGAGGGAGAUAACAUAAAAACUAAAACAACAGUAUUUUACCACCUAAGGUCUGAAGCCACAAAUCCUUUAUCUUUGAUAAAACAAAGGAGAUAUCAAUAGUACUUGAAGAAGAGGAGCAUUUUAUUACAUGCUUGAUUGAUUUAUUGUGAUAGCCACAGUUGCAAAGGAAGCACUCAGGAUUUGUUUUAAAAUGUUUCUUCUCUAUAUGGCUCCCCUUUUGUUUUGUUUCAUUGUUGUUGUUGCUCCCAUUUUGUUUUAGGAAUCAUUACGUAUGAAUUUCAUGUUGACACAAAUCUGCUCACUUGUUGACAGCUCCAUUUAGUGAGUUUCAAGAUCACUUUCAAGGAGACAUAAAAAUUGUCAUUGAGUUUUUAGAGCUAACAUUAAACCAUUGUUAGGCUACCUUGAACCUUGCUAAGCUUCCUUUACCUUAAUUAGUAAGCGAGUCAGAAGACUGCAAUCAAUGAAUACUUAACAAAUAUGAUGAAGGGUUUAAUUUAAUAAGGUUUCAGUGUUCUAUAAAUUUGCAAGGUAGAGUAUCAACAUAUUUUGAUAAAUAAAUGGUGCUAGGGUUGGCUCAGAGGUUUAUAUAUUGAUAUGUCCUAGUUAUUGGCAUUUGUGUGUGUUUGCUGUUAUCUUGAUUUAAUAAUCUGUUAGAUACUUUUUUCUUGAUGCUAGUUAUUUCUUCACUGUACAUUGAGACACAGCACUACUGCACACCAAAGUAUGCAAUACCCAAAGGAAACUGUGAUUUCUUUUAACAAAUGAUGGGAGCCUUUCUAUAUGAGAUACUCUGAAACGGAGAUUUUGAGGCCAUUCUAAUCCCUUGUUUACAUUAUUAGCUUCCUACUAAUAUAAAAAUAAUGGAAAUCUUUUUUGAUAAAAAUAAAAAGACUGGGGGAUUUUUAACCCCCUGUACAGUAUUGCAGCAAACACUUUAAAUUUGGUUGAAUUCGUCCCAACAAACUUUCUGGGGUUCAUAUAUUGCACUAAAUUUGUUGAACCUGUGGUAGGCACAUCUCUUAGGAUAAAUGCAACCAAUACAAUCCACAGUUUAAACUUUUUAAAUGUGUUUCAUUAUUAAAAGACAAAAAUGUCAUCAAAGUGACAGGUAAAAUUGUCUUAUGUAGCAAUGUGCAUUGAUCUCAAUGAGAUAUUUCUAUUUCUUAUUCUCUUUCAUGAGAAUAUUACAGCAGGAAGAAUUAAGUUUAGUUUGCUUCACCAUGUUAAUACAUGAUCACAAAAUGUGCAUGAGUGUUAUUGACUUAUCUUGUACAGUACUAGGUAUUCCUGUAACCACUUUGUUUUCCCCACCUUGGCUAUAUUAAAACUGGUUUAGUGUUAACCAGGCAAGCAUAGUUAUUCACAAGUUAUUUUUUAUGUUUUACUAAUUCUGCUUAGUUAUUGUUGAAUAUGUUCUUUUCUCAGAUUAUUUUCAUUGUUUUGAUGUUUAAAACGUUUUGCAUAAUGUUUAUCAUGCUAAGACUUCAUGAAGUAAAUAAUUUUGCAUAUAAUUGCAAUAAGCACUGACUUUUGAACUGAAAAGAAAGUGUUUUUUGUGCAGUGCGUCUGAGGUUCAUGAUAGCUUUGUACUAUAGUGUGCUUUACUACACCCUCCGUGACGUGACGAAAACAAGCCCCGUUUCAUGUUUUCAUUUAGUGAGAAAAGUCAGAUUUCCCCAGGGUUUAGUUGUCUGUUGUUGUACCUGCUGAAACGACAGUAGUUGAAUAUUGCGGUAGCAUUUCAGUUCUCUUUUUUUAUUGAAAGUGCUCAAAAACUGUUUUUUAAAUGUUUUCAAAACCAAUUAAAAACAUUUUAUAUUAAACUUGACUGGAUCUUAAAAUGAUUUAUGGAGUAUAUUCUAUAUAAGCAGCCUGCCAUUUUGUAAACAGACCCACUGCCAUUCUUCCUUUGAUUGCGUGACAUUCAGGGAAGUGGAUAAAAAUCAACAGAAGGCAAGACAGUGCUGCUGGUCUGCUCCCUGCUGUUAAUCCCGAAGGAUAAACAACCCUGUUCAUUGGGACUCUGCUGCUGCCAGUCAUAUGCCAAUGGUAUACCAGUGAUAUACCAGUGAUACGCCAAUGGUAUACCAGUGAUAUGCCAAUGGUACACCUAUGAUAUACCAGUGAUGUAUCAACGAUAUGCCAAUGGUAUACCAGUGAUACACCAAUGAUAUGCCAGUGGUAUACCAGUGGUAUAGAGCUUUAUGUCAUCCAAAAAGCCAUCUUUUCUCUUAUUCAUGUUUGGUUUAAGAUGAUGGCCUAUGGAGUAUGGCCUAGAUGUGUGUGUUUUGGGGGGUUUUAGUAGGGAAAGAAAAUUAAAAAGCACAGCUAUGUUCAAAAGCCACAUAAGCAUUUCCUUGAGCCAGAAAUACAAAAUGGUAACUGAAUUUGCAAGCCUGAGCCUGGGCUGGUGUGGAAGCAGGAGCAGACUGAACUUUCAACUUCUGCAGAGUAAUGAAGCCAAGGUCUGAGAUGGAGCUCCUUCACUCUUGAAAGGACACUGAGGAGUAACACCCAGUGCCUGGGACUGCAACAUUGUAGCCAGGGCCUGAGCCAGACAACCUGCUCAGUAAUUGGUGAGAGCCCCACUGUCAGCGUGCACUGUCAACACUACAGGUGAUGGGGUGAUUAUAAAGGGAAAGACGAGGGUAGGUACCGGGAGGAGAGGAGUGAAGAGCAGAAGGACUCCCACUCAAGUCUGCAAACGGAAACUGCAAAGCACUUUAAGAAAAUAACACUAAGACAAUCAACACUGACUCAAGACAGAAUAAAAAUGAUACACUGCCUGGAUGUUACUUUAAAAUAGGAAAGAACCUCAACAGUAUAGAUGGGGGAAGAUUAUAUAUCUAUAUACAUGCAAAUAUAAAAUAAGAACCACUAGAUACAAUGAAUCAGAAUUCGGGGGUUGGGGAAUGUAUGGCAGCUGAAGUGCUUUUGGCUGCAAGGAACAGAAAACAACACUGGCUAAACCGUGAGGACGUUUAUUUUUCACUUAAGAAUUUUGGACACAGGAGUUUCAAGAGUUCAUUCAACGGCUAAGUUUUAUCAAGGACCAAAUUUUUUUUUUUUCUGUUCCAUCAUCUUCAGCUUUACUUUUCAUUUCUGGGGCUAUUGGCUCAUGGUCACAAAAUUACUGCCACAGCUCCAAGCAAGAUAGUAAGGUAAGUUCUCUUUGCCUUAU